AUGCUUAGACGUCUGCUCUCCACGAAAAAGUCAGAGUUUUUCAAAGUUGUGGAAGUUGGACCAAGAGAUGGACUUCAAAACGAGAAGGUUUCCACACCAAAAGUUGAAAAUAAUCGAAUUUUCCAGGUUUUCGUACCCACCGAGGUCAAGGUCGAGCUCAUCGACAGGUUGAGCGACUGUAAUUUUAAGGUUAAAAUCAGAUCAGAAAUCGCGUGAAUUUCUUUUUUGAGGUAGUCGAAUCGACAAGUUUCGUGUCUCCGAAAUGGAUCCCACAAAUGAGAGAUCAGGUGGAAGUCAUCAAUGGAAUCAAGAAAAAGUCCUCGGUCAGCUAUCCGGUCCUCGUUCCCAACCUGGCUGGCCUUAAAAAUGCGGUAGGGUUUUCACCUUAUCACUCGUGAAUAUUGACAUAUUACGUGGGCAAGUAAAUCGUUUUUGUUAGUGGAAGAAAAUGCGAAACCAAAAACACGGUGGGCGGGGCCAAAAUAUCAGCCGUUCCCAUGUGGCGUCAUGGGAACGGGAGAGAUUUCGGCUCUAAAAGCGCAUAUUAAAGGCGCAGGCCGCCGUAUUGCCCGAGGUCUUUGAGACAAUCGAAAAUUCUCUACAUAAACGCGAUUUUCUGCGCGAAAGCGGCGCAGUUCAUGCACACGACACACGAAACUUUACGGAGAAAAAGUGGGCGAGGCGUCGUCGAAAAAAAGCUGUGCGGGAGGGGGUUUUGACUUAGUAAAUUUAAAAAAAGAAUUAAAAUUGGAUUUUGAUCUCCGGGUGAUACUUUUGGAAGGCCAAAAAAAUAAUUUGGACCUUUGGGAGAUAGCAAUGGCUUUAAAUCAGAAAAACUUGCAAGGAGAGUUUUUCAAAAAGGUCUGCCCUUUGACAUUUUUGACGGGGUGAGGUCUGAAAUAGGAUGUCAUUUAACUCAACUUUUUGUCCAUAGCUUUACUUGAAAUCAUGUUAAAAAUUUUUUUGGGUAGAAGUUACUUCGAAAGAUAGAAAUUGAAAGUUUUCCCGCUAAAUUUCUUUUUUCAGUGGGGUUGUUUAUGGACGAAAGUUAUUUUCCUUUUUUUUUUGCAGUUGAAAAUUUUAUUUAUUCUCUGUUGUCCUGGCACAAAAUUAAAGCUUCAUUUUUCUCAAAUGAAAAUAAGUUCGUACGCGGAAUAUCCAAGAACAGCUCUGAAAUAGGACCAAGAAAUCAAUAAAAUCGUUUCCUUUCCGAAAAAACAAAAAUAUCCAUAUCACGUCCACUGAUGAAUAUUUUGAGACUAAUUUCAGUUGGCCACUGGAUCUGUCGAGGAAAUCGCCGUGUUUGGCGCCGCUUCCGAUUCAUUCUCCAAGUUCGUUCUCACAAGCAAAUCAAAAAUGGAACCAACCUGAGAACAAGAGGAAUUUUCGUCUGGAAGAAGCUGAAGAAAAAAAAACACAUCACAGUGUCUUUAUUUGACUUUAGAAGCGAAAAUCAAGAAUAAAUUUUUUUAGGCUCUAGUGACAUCUCAGAAAUGUUUCAAUAAGUUUUCAAACUGGGUCUUUGGCUGUCUUUUUUCCAAAAGACCGUUUUCGAACUUGUUCGUUCAGGAAAAACGUGAAUGCGAACGUCGAAGAAAGCCUCCAGAAACUGUGUGACGUCACUUCGGCAGCCCUCAAAGAAGGAAUUCGUGUCCGAGGGUUCGCUAGAAGUUCAUUAUUUUUCAAAAAUGUGUUAGGACCUAAUGGCUGAAAGUUGGUUUUGGUUGACUUUGAAACACAAAAAAAGUCUCCGUAGGUCUAGAAUUUAAAAAUCCAUUACGUCAGAGAGUAACUGGGGAAUGUGAUAGUAAAUUCCGAUUUCGAAUGAAAAUCUUUUCCUCGUUAGAAAUUCCAAUAAGUGCUUCCCAGAUACGUUUCUUGCGUCGUUGGAUGCCCCUACGAGGGAAACAUCAAGCCGGAUAUCGUGGCCAAAGUCACCGAGAAGUUGCUCGAAGUUGGCUGUUAUGAAGGUGAGGACUUCCCUAAUUUCAGUGAUUUUUUUUUGUCAAACGGAAUUUUUUUUUUCAAGGAGAAAGAUUUAUUCCGAUGAACUCGAACUGAAAACAAGGACUUUGUUUUUUUUUUAAUUGGCGGAAGUGUACUUCAGGACCUCCUGACUGCAGAAAAAAUGAACUAUUCUUCCAAUUUUAUUAUUUUAUCUAGUUAUACCAGUAAUACAGCUUUAUUAACCUUUUUUUUUACUAUAAUUUGUGUAUUUUGAAAACUUUGUAGCGUCACAGCAAUAUAAAACAGAAGUUUAGAAUUUCAAGAUCCUCGAAUACACUUCAAAGGGAUUUUAUCAAUAUUCCAACCGGGACCCAGUGAAGAUUCUUUUCUCAAAAUGGAUUCCAGUUUCCUUGGGAGACACUAUUGGCGUUGGAACUCCGGGAAGCGUCGGGAAAAUGCUGGAAACUGUUCUGAAAUCGGCUCCCGCCGAAAAACUCGCAGUUCAUUUCCAUGACACCUACGGACAAGCACUCGCCAAUGUCCUUGUCUCCAUUGAAGUAAGCUCUCAAUCUUCAGAGCCCUCUAGGGACCACUUUACCAACCCCUAUAGGGGCCACUCAGGCUGGCAAAAGCGGCCCUUAUAGGAGUUAGUAGUCUCUUUAGGUGACAAACUAGUCGGUUAUUGUUAUGAACCCUAUGAGAAGAAGCUUUUUCAUGCGAAAAACUAAAAAAUCAAUAUUUUUAAUUAAGUUGAGAGAUCCCUAUAGGGACCUCUCGAGCUUUAGGAGCUAACGCUUCAGACCCUAAAUCCACGGACCGCCUCAUUUUUCUCCCUACAUUGACCUUUUUUCGGCUUCUAAAAGGGCUGGUUGUUUCCCUAACUCCUAUAGGGACCGCUCUGAAAUUCCUAAGAUGAGAGAAAAUAAAAUCUAAAGUUUUAAAAAAUUAAGAAAAAAAAAGCAUUCAUAAUACUCCGAAGCAAUCGUUGAUUAAUUAUUCGUGCAGAAAGGGAUUCGCGUCGCGGACUCUUCCCUCAGCGGACUUGGCGGCUGUCCCUACGCCAAAGGAGCCACCGGAAACCUCGCCACGGAGGACUUGCUCUACAUGCUGGACGGCCUCGGCUUCGACACGGUUUUUUUUUUUAAAUUUCUAACACGAACUUUUAUGUCCACCACAGCUAAAUCCGAAGUUUAAGCUCACAAGUUUGAGUCUAAAAUGAGAAUUAUAGCACAAUAAAAUCUAUAAAUUUUCUCGAGAAUAAUUUGAGGUGUUGAGAAUUUAACGCGCAUAGUGGAUAUCUGCGCUCACUUUUUGAAGCAUAAUGUUUUAAGUCUAUGAUUAUCACGUCCUUUUUAAAUAAUGUAACUUCCACGGCAUCCACCAAAUGGCAGCUAGUAGCAUGGUGCAGUGGCUAGCGUCGCAGCCUACUGAGGUUAUGAUGAAUGUUCGAAACCUUUUACCGCUAACCUUUUUUGCCAAUCUGUUUUUUAUGAAUUUCUGUUGUCAUAAUUGAAAUUUCGUGACUAAAAUCACCUGACACAUGUUCUAGGACCAUGUUUAUCCGAAAUCGCUGAGUUCAAAUAUGAAAAAAAAACUUUCGUUUUUGGUAUUCCAUUUUUUUGAAAGAAUUCCUAUUAGUGAGAGAACGAGGAGAAAACAUCGAAAUGGGAUGAGAAAUCGAAGAAUUACUUUUUCGUUAUCGUCCUCACUAAAAACAAUAUUUUACAGGGCGUUGACCUCAAAGAAGUCAUCAAAACUGCGAACUGGUUCAAUGAAAAAAUGGGAAGAACUGUCAAGUCUCGGGUUGGCGCCGCAUACAAGCUUUGA